GUACUCUCUCCAUGCUCCACCGUGCGUUGUGCGGACGAAGCAACAACAAUUGUAAGUGGCCCUAUUGGGCGUGCUCCACCCCCCAGAACAGUCUAGCGCGCCCCAUUAUAUGCUUUAGAUACAUGCACUGCCACAGUGCUGUCAUUUGGCACUUCCCCCCCUCCGUUGUUGCGCACCUUUUUUUUUGCCAUCCGAGGUUCUUCCUUUACUUUGGAAGAAUGAUUAUGAGCAGAGAGAUGGAAGUUGUGGUAGCGAAGAUUGGAAUUAUCCAGAAUGGAAAGGGAAAAUAUCAGAAGCCAAUGCUAAAGCCAAAGUCCUGGAGACUGAGAGAGAAUUGAUCUAGAAGCCGAUGGUCAGGCAAUGGGAUGAUCAAUUGCGAAAGUCCUCAAGCAAUGGAUUUAUGAAGGGCCCGGGAGGCAAAGAGAAAAAAAAAAAAAGAAAAAGAAAAACCGCAAUACACAAAACACGAAAACAACUCCUGCCCGGAGCGUCUGAUCUUGUUCUUGUUUUGCUCAACUUGUGGACGGUGGACCUUCUGACUACCUCUUAUUGCUACCCCCUACUCCGUAAUUUCUCCUUGCCAAACACGAUGUAUGUAGUUUGUCGAUGCUCACUCGUGUCUGUGGUCAUUAUUGCCCGCCUCACACCGGAUCGGAUUUAACAAGCGAUGGGUAUAGCUCUGAGGGGUGAAAGGGGGACACGCGCAUUUGGAAUGACAAGGCAACUCACGACGCACAACGCACGAAUUAUGCUCCUUACUACGGGUACGCCUACUCAUGGACAGCCGUGAAGGAGGGGUAUCAUUGCCGUCGGAUGCCAUAACCUCAAAUCUUGCUUUUGGCUUCUGUUUGGCCACUACGAUCCCAGGUUCGCUCUGAUCCUAGACCAACCAGAUUUGGGAUCUUGAUGGUGGCCUGAACUUGCAGCCUUUGCCAAUAUCAAGAGAUUCUAACAAUGAGG